AAACAGUUUCGUUGAACUAAAUCGACAUGAAGGCUUUCAUUGUUCUGGUGGCUCUGGCUUUCGCCGCUCCUGCCCUGGGUGGCCGCACCCUGGACCGCUGCUCCCUGGCCCGCGAGAUGGCCAACCUGGGCGUUCCCCGCGACCAGCUGGACAAGUGGACCUGCAUCGCCCAGCACGAGAGCGACUACCGCACCUGGGUGGUUGGUCCGGCCAACUCCGACGGCUCCAACGACUACGGCAUCUUCCAGAUCAACGAUCUCUACUGGUGCCAGGCCGAUGGUCGCUUCUCCUACAACGAGUGUGGUCUCAGCUGCAACGCCCUGUUGACAGACGACAUCACCAACUCGGUCCGUUGCGCCCAGAAGGUCCUCAGCCAGCAGGGAUGGUCCGCCUGGGCCGUCUGGCACUACUGCAGCGGAUGGUUGCCGUCCAUCGAUGAGUGCUUCUAAACUGAUUUCGACCCCCGACUAUAAUAAAAAAAAUGCAUAUUACAAAA